UCUUUACUUCCGAAAAUAGCUAAAGGUCGAGUGACGUCAUUUUCUGUGUAUAUGUCUGGCGAGAUUGUAUAUGUGCUGACCGUCCUAAGGAUAUGGAAUGUAUUUGUAAUGAAAUAAAAGAAAAGACAUGUGUUGAUUAUGGAAAUGAAGAAAUACAGGAUAUCAUGAAAGCUGUUGAUAUCUUGAUGAACCGUUUUGUGGGUGAAUUUAGUGAGAAAUACCCGGAUAUUAAGAUUGACAGACUAGCACUUUGUGGAAGCAUGGCUGAGAAAACCAGAAUCUGGUGUUCUGAAGAUAAGUGUGACCUCGAAUUUGACUACCUGGCAAUAGUGAAGUCCUUGCAGAGUUACGGUGACUAUAUGUUCGAACAUAACGCAUACGGACAGGUUGAAGUUAAAUACAAAGGAACUGAUUCAGAAUCUGUAAGCGGUGAACAUGUUAAUUUGAGCUCGAAUAUAAAAUUAACGUUUAUUAAUAAUUUUCAUAAAUGCAUUACUGAAAAAUGCGAACGAAAUUGGUGUACCUUAAGUUUAAAAAAGGGGAGGGGUUUUCCUGUCAUUCCUGAACUUGAUGGUUGCUCAUUUUGUUCUGUGCGUAUGCAAACAGGAAGUUUAAUUUGUUCUUAUAUACCUGUAUAUUCUGCCUUCCGACGACUUAGAUUUUUGUGGAAAAGCAAACAUAAAUCGCUAAGUACUUCAUACGUAGAGGGAAGUGAUUUAAAGAAGGUUUUGGAAACUGCUAAAAGUGCAAAGGUUAUCAAUCAUUUCAUUGGUGAUGGCGAUAUAGACACUACUGACAUCGAUGACUUCCUUCCUCAGAUUUACUGGAGAGAUAAAAAUGUUUCAGGAAUGAUUUGGAUAGAAGUUGACUUCAAUCCUGUGAUAGAAUUAGACAGAACAAAAGUCGUACAGAAGACAAGAAUGAUACGGGUUUCUUAUGAAAAUAUUAUUUUAUUCCCAAGAGCUCUUUACCGUGAACACAUCUUCUACAGAUCAAUGUAUGGUACAAAUUACAAUAUUAUUGACUAUGUGUUAAAACUGAUACGUAUUAAGAACAAAUGGAAAUUAAAAGUUACACCAGAUCUUCGCAAUGAUGAGAAAUACUUUCUGUUCCCAAAAUAUAUUGGUGAUUUUCGCAAAUGUUGGAGGCUUUCAACUUAUCAGACCGAAAUGAACAUUCUAAAUGAAGCAUCCAAAGAACACAGACUUGCUUACUGUGUUCUGAAAUUUUUGUUUAUAGUUUUAAAGAUGGGACUAGGUGUACUAGAUCGAUUAUAUAUUCCUAUCAUUUCCAAUUACGAAGCUAAGCUGGCAGUGAUUCAGCAUAUCAAACACUGUAAAACACCAAACAUUGGCGCGCAUGUAUGUGUGUUGAAUAUUUUACAUGGUAUAGCGCUUUGUAAAGAAGGUUCUGCAUCAGUGGACCAUCCCGUAUUGAAACUGGAUUUGUACGAAAUGCUUAAAACAAAUGUCCAUAAGUCCUUCGAAAGAACACUAUCUACCAUACGUCUGAAAAUACUGAUUCUUAUAUUGGUAAACAGGCGAUCAGAUUAUACUGUGACAGAUUUAUGCAAUGACGCAAUUUCAAGUUAUCUUUAUUCAAAUAUUAUUUCAAUACAAUAUCGGAAUAUUACUUGGAGUUCAAGGGAAACUAGAUUUCUUCAGUUUAAAGAAUCAUUAACUGAACUACACAGCCUGGUUACUAGAAGGAAAGAACACGCUUCCAAAGGUGAACUGAUAAAAAGUAUUAGUGUCUUUGCGAAGGCGUGAAUAGAAGAAGAAAAACAAUACCAGGAUGACGUGGUAAAAAUGUUUCAAGACUUGCGCAAAAAUCUGUAUAAAUAAGUAAAAAACAUUGGAAAAGAUAACACAGAACAAGUGUAAUAAAGAUGUGGAAAAAUAGCAGUGUUUAACAUAUUGCAAAGAAACUUAUCUUAUGAUUCAUACAAUAUUCAAUUCUGUGGUCAUCUUAUGGUGAGAAAUCUCGAGUUUUCUCUCCCUUGAUUAUCGAUUGUUUUAAAGCACACCCUUGUUUUCCGGAUAAUACGAAAUUCUGUGAUAUUUCCAAAAUGCUACAAAAUGGAUGAAAUGUCAAACUUGGUAAGGACAUUGUUUUUUAUUCAAUAUUUUCUAAUUACUCAUUCUGAUCGUUUAAAGUAUUAUAACUGAUUCAACAUGGUUUAGAAGCUGUACCAUUUGCACUAAACAAUUUGAAUAUGGGGCAUAUUGUUCACUUUGCAAAGCGCUAAACAAUGUGUACAUUUUGCUUCUGAGAAUGAGUUUGGCGAUUCAAAGCAUUGUCAACCUCAUUUAAUGGACUUUCGGUAAUGAAUAUUAUUUUGUAAUUUUCAGUUAUUAUAUAAACAAUGAUAUGAACAUGUUCAGAAGUUUUUAUUUCAGAUCAAAUAACCCACAUUGACAAAUAUAUAAGCAUAUGUA